AAUUCAAUAGACGCGGUAGUGUGGCAAUGAAACGGGGUAUAUCGCUGUGCUAGGAAAGGUUAAAUCGAUUUAAUGCCAUGUCAUGUUUCGAUCGGAUCCACGAUCCACUUUGAUGUCACUGUCUUCCACUCAAACAACCCAAUCGUCGCGAAUACACUACCGGUCCCGUGGCGUUGCCCAGAAGGCGGUUCAUCCCAAGCAUCCGGACGGGAUAUCUUAUUAUACACACGACUCUUGCAUCAUUUUUCUAUCUUCCUAUCUCUAUUCUACCUAUAACUUAUAAUUAUUCCUUUUAUUUAUUUUCUGUUUUAUUCGUGUCCCGACGAGGUUGACCAUGACAAGUCUUCGUAACUAAAUUCCGAUCGCAGCCCCCGUCUCCUUUUCUGAUGGCGUCGCUCGUUACCGACUUUCUUGUCAACCCGGUCAUACGACAAGCAAGACGGUUCUCACGAUCAUCAGGUAACCAUACCACUUCCGACUCCAUCUCGCCUGCCGAAACACCCAGCGAACACAAAGAAUGCACAGACGAUGCUAUAUCAGAGACAGAAGAAGAUUCAUACUUGGACGACCGAGUAGAUGAGAGCAUACCGUCGUCUCCCUCGUCACGGAGCUCCGUCCACCCAAGCCCAAGCCCACAUAAUGAAGUAGCUGACUUGGAUGAGAACAUUGCCCAGUUCAAUGCCAUAAAUCGUACCAUCGCCCGCAACCCCGAUACGCAUAUCUGCGACCAUGACAUUCGAGAUCUCGACACACAUCUCAGUUCGAUGUCUAUAAGUAGCUCCACCAUGGCACCAGAUAGUAUUUUAUCCCCUGCCGAUAUUUCUUCUCCAAGGAUAGAACGAAGAAAAUCUUUACCCGAGGAUGAUGGGAUGAGUUCAUUGAGGAAACGUGUAUUCGCCAUCCAAGCACAGGAUGUUGAACCAGCCGAGAAAGCCCGUUUAAUGCACCAGCUUCUAAUAGAAGGUUACACGAAAUCAAGAAAGGUGGUCCUAAUAGAACGACCCCUAACGCCCUCCAGCCCCACAACAUCAGAACAACGACGAUCCCAAGGUCCUUUAGAAUCCUUUAAAUUCUGGCAGAAUACUUCAGAAGAGACGGUAACACUUGAGGAAUUUGAUUUGACACCCGAGGAUCUUCAGCCUACAUUUGCGCCACCGAGGGAAAUAUCGGAAGAAUCUGGUGAAUAUGCAGAAGAUCCCGAAGACGAUCGACCUCUCGGCUGCGAGCAUUAUAGGCGAAAUGUUAAGCUGCAAUGCUCCACGUGUAGUCGGUGGUACACAUGUCGUUUCUGUCAUGACAAGGUAGAGGACCACAAUCUGAUUAGAAAAGAUACUAGAAACAUGUUAUGUAUGUAUUGCGGCACUGCCCAGAAGGCUAACGAUGUCUGUAUGUCGUGCGGAAUCUCAGCUGCUCGUUAUUACUGCAAUAUAUGCAAAUUAUGGAACGACGAUCCGGACAAACCUGUCUACCACUGCAAUGACUGUGGUAUCUGCAGGAUCGGAAGGGGAAUUGGUAAAGACUUCUUCCAUUGCAAGACUUGCUGCGCUUGCAUCGCCAUAGGCCAGGAGAAGGACCACAAGUGCAUCGAGAGGUCUACCGACUGCGACUGUCCUAUUUGCGGCGACUAUAUGUUCACUUCUCCCAAGGCCGUAUGCUUUAUGAAAUGCGGACAUAGUAUUCAUCGCGAGUGCCUUGAUGAGCAUAUGAAGGUUGCCUAUAAAUGCCCGAUAUGCAACAAGAGCCUGGCAAACAUGGAGUUGCAAUUUCGGAACCUUGAUAUCGCAAUCGAAACGCAGCCCAUGCCACCCGAGUUUCAGGACACGCGAGCGUUGAUUCUAUGCAACGACUGUUCUACCAAGAGCACAGUCACAUACCAUUGGCUAGGUUUAAAGUGUGGCCUCUGUGCUUCUUAUAAUACCGCACAGCUUCAGAUACUUGGCAUGGCAGACGAGACAAUCGAAACUGACCUGCUUGGCCGGGAAAUAGAAUUCUCCGAACUGACAACUUUACGAGGUAUUGCGGAGGGGGUUGAUGGUGCUCGGGCUCGUGAUAUGAGGAGGCGUCAUUCGUCUACUGUCGCGCGGUCGACAAUCAACCAAUCCAUCAUGGAAUCGGAUUGCCCCGAUAGACUUGCGCGCUCUGUGUCCCCGCCUGCUGGCCUAGCGACUUGGAAUGCUCCUGCGGGGCACUCUCUCGUGGAGGCUGAUGACGAGGAUCGAGAGGAUAUAUUAGGAUUUUGGAGUAGUAGAACGUCGGACGAUGGUGAGGACGACGCAGAUGAUUCCGAUGGUGAAUAUAUAUCGUCUUCGGAAGACGAAGACGAGGAGGAUGAAGGAGACGAUGAUGAGAUAGAUGACUUCGAGCUGCUUGGGCACCGCUAAACAUAACGGAUUAACCUAGAGUAGUAUGUGGUUGCUUAGGAUUAACAUUGGGAUGGCGUUUAGGUAUCGGGGGGCAUUGAGCGCAUAACGAAAUUCCAGCAGGGUUUGGGCAAAAAUAAUUGGCAUCCAGUAUACAAGAAGGGAAGAAUGGUUGGGCAUGCAAAUUGGUAUAUAUUAGGUGGGUAUAGAGGAAGGAAGUCGGUAUUCUGUCUCACCCAUCCCGGUGCCCAUCCCGGUGCCCGUAAACCUUGGGAGAAAGUUGGGGGAAAGGGGAAAGUUCAUGACUACGUAUAUAUUGCAUACAGAAACACUCAAAAACACGUCAUUAUUCUAUAAAUA